AUGCUGUCGAGCAUAGCAAUCGACAACCAGCACGCAGACAAGACGCUGCCGCCGCUGCUGCUGCUGCCGCCGGUGAUCCACACGGAGGCGCAAGCGGCGGGCGGAACCGGCGCGACGACGCCGGUGUCCUCAUACGAUGCGGGGCUGGCGGGCUACGGGGCGGGCUACGAAGAGGGCGAGGCGGACGCGGCGGCGGAGCAUAAGCCCGUGAGCCCAUACUCGGAGACGUCGACGACGUCGUCGAGUCUGGAGCGCCUGGCGUUUCUGGCGACGCGCAAGGGUGACGGGAGCGGGCAGUACGGUGCUGCGCCGGACGCGUACUAUGUGGGGCGGCAGGCGCCUGCGUACCAAACGCCGUUCUACGGCGGCACCGUUGCGCCUGGCGCGGCACGCAGUCUCACACCGAACGGCGCACCCAGACUACAGUACGAAGCGACGUAUAACACGCCGCGCUCGCCAGAGUCCGCGCGCGGCGUGUCGAUGUCGCCGCUGAUGUCGGAAUCUGCUUCGGGCUUCCAACGGGGGGACGUGCAGCGCACUGGUUCGCCACCGAACUCGCUGCUACAGGAGCCAACCGUUAUCACGGCGUCGAAGUACAAGCGUCAGCGGACGGGCCCCAGCUGCGACAUCUGCCGCUCCAAGAAGAUUAAGUGUGACGCCACGAUCACGAUACUGUUCCAGGACGCCUCGGUCACAGGCUCGUUCAACGAGAUGCUUCACGCACCGGUAAAUGUGUCUGAGCUGGCAAACGAGUGGCUUAGCCAGAUUCCAGACGAGGUGAGGCAGGCGCUGCUCACAAAGGAACUGACGCUGCUGAAGCAUGUGGAUAAGUUGAUAGCAUUCAAGCCUUGCACUUCGUGUUCCAAACGGAAGAAUUGCUUCUGCACGUUUAGCAAGGGCUUUACGAGGGCGGACAUCAAUGUGUAUACAAACCUCUGCGUCAAAUUCGGCAAACGCAGCUCCAUUGAUCAGUUCAGCCUGAAUGAUUAUAGAAACUGUGGUUACCAGGUAUGA